UAAAAGAAAGAAAAAAAUGUUGGCUGUUAUAAUACUGUGUGCGUUCGCGUUUAUUUUUUAAGUUUGUGUUUGAACAAAUAUAUCUUGAGUUAAAUGAAGUGAAGAUACAUGUGAGAACCUUCGUAGAUUUGAAAGAUUAUCUGCUACUUGUCUCGACAGAUUCUGUUGAAGACAGCAAAUUAGAAACUAAAGAUGGAAUCACGUCUUGUCGACCAUGUUAAUCCUUACACCAAUCAAAUAUUUCAAGAAGCUAUUAUCAGGAACGAUUCUGCUGUAGUAAAACUGCUACUCAAAUAUGGAAUACAUCCAAGACGGAACGAACGUAAUAGACAAGGUCUAACCGCGUUGCAACAGAGCGUUUUAGACGGUAACGGCAAAUUAGCAAUUGUCUUAUUAGAGUCGAGUGCUGAUAUUGAAGCGAAAACAUCAAACGGGUGGACGUGUUUACAUAUAGCAUCAGCACUGGGCGACUUAGAUAUUGUUACCACUUUGAUAAAUCACUGCGCAGACUUGAUUGCUUUGACUAAAAAUGAAGAGCUACCAAUUGAUCUUGCAGCUACUCGUGAAAUCAAGAUAAAGUUAGCAAGAGAGAUGUCGCGUGUUGGUUACAGUGAAUUAGCACAAUGGUAUAUGAGAAAACUCGCAGCACGAGAGGGGGCUUAUUAUGUUUUAUCGACCAACACACUUUUAGAUUUAGCCUGUGAUGAUCACUACGAUAAAUCCUAUUCAACAGCAUAUCCAUAUUAUGUUCGCCACUACCACGAAAAUAACGACGUUUUCCUUCGCUCGCCUGUUAAGCAAUCGCAAAAUACUGCAUUUUGGCCAAAGCAGGAAAGCGAAACGUUAAGAAACAGAAAAGAUAACCUGCGGUUGGAGGUGACUGAACAAGAAAAUACAUCUUAUUUGACGUACUCGAGUGGCUACCUUAAUGAGGCUGUGCUCAACCGUAACUCAGGAGAAUAUACACGCAUGAGAAACUCAACAUCGGUUUCCUCUGGUGAAUCCCCAAAACGCAAACUAAGUGCGUUGACACCAGAUGAAAUAAAAAGCUCAAGAUCAAUGGUUUCAAUAACGGAAACUGGAACGGAUGGAGAUCCUCCACUUCGUUAUGGCACACUUAGGAAAAACAAGAGGAACAGUCAAAACAUGCAAAGAAAGCCAAGCAAAAUAGAACUUCAUAUUGACUACACUAAUUCAACAGAGGAUGAUGAUGCAGAUGAUGAUGAUGAUGAUGCCGAUGAUGAUGAUUAUGAUGACGGCGACAUUGAUGUCGAGAGGGAGAGAGAGAAGAACCAACCGGUAAACGUCAUCAAAACUACCACGCGUGUGACGGAGUCAGGAACUUAUAUUGUAUCUCAACCAGUGACUAAAUCAUUUGAAACAUACAAAGAAGGAGACGUGCUAAGUUCGGUACAGGAUCAACAAAAAUAUCCAGUUCCCAAACAUGGGAACACAGAAAUAACUCAAAAGACUGUCUCCCCCUUAAAACAAAAGACGACAUCGCAAGUUUCUGAUACUUUUGAUUACAAAGAGUUAAAAAGUCGGAACGUUCGUUUUAAAAACUUAGAGUCAUCUAAUGAAUUUUGUAACUGUCCAAAUUGUAAAAAGAUGGGAUAUGCCUUUUCACCAGAUAUCCGUGCAUCAAGUCGAAAGGUAAUCCAUUUAGGUGAACCGAUUGUUUUCUCUCCUGAAAAACAAAUGCCAUAUGGAAUGGUACCAGCAUCCAGUUAUUAUCAUCCACAUUAUUACCCAGCCACCACUAUUGAAAAACAUAUGUAUUUCGAUACUGAUAGAGCAUAUAAACCAAGAAAGCGUAAGAAUAAAUUGAUUUCUGGUAUCAAGUCAAUGUUUAAAGACAACAUAAGAGUCCAUCGAGCAAGUUCUGGACAAGCACCUGUGAUGGAUGAUGCCGGGAUAUUGUUUUCUGUAUCCAUACGAGAUCGGGAUAAAUCUAACAUGAUCCAACAGCGCCAUGCUGUUCGGAAAAGCAAUUCUUUUUCGGGUAGCAGAAGAGAUUAUGUAUCUGAUGAAGUCAAUGUUUAUCCUCACAAUCAAGUCGUUUCACCACCUAUCCACUUUUCUGAUUCAUAUAUCAUGACGACGAACGAGGAAUUUUACGACGAUUACCCGUCAUUCACUGAUUCAAGUCCGCAAGAUUUUCUAAACGACUUAGUAUUUGACGGGCCUAAUCGAUCUGAUUAUCAAAUUAACCCACAAAAAUUUCUUGGAAUAUAUCAACAGAAAAAUACGCCCAAAAAUGAAGAACAUAACCAAAAACAUUUUGGAAAAAAUCCAUAAGAUUUAAACGAUCCGCGCUUAAAAAAUCGGCAGAUUGAAGAGUAUCAAGGCUCACAUUCAAUAGUUAGUGACCCGAAAAUCAGCGAUGUCUCAUAUUAGCUCAGGACAUGUGAACAGCCACAAGUCGCAUGGCUACAGUUCCUGUUCGUCACCAGAGUGUCAAUGUUGCAAAGAAACAUCAGUUUGGAGGAAAACACUUUAAGAAUAAACCUGUUUCAUGAAUAAGAUUUGUAAUAUUUUCUAAGUUAGUUUUUUGGUAGCCUUUUGCCGCGUGUCACGUCUUGUGUGUAUUACUAAUGUCUGUCACACACUUCUUGUUGUACAACUGUUGAGAGAUCUAACUAAGUGUGAUACAGACAUUUUAAAUUGAUAUAAUAAUUCUCCUAAACAACCCA